UGAGGAUGGAUAUGAUCAUUUAUUUAUUAAUUAUUCUAAUUCGUGGAAUAAAUGCAGGAUCCCGUCAUGGAAAAGACCUCAAGCCGCACAUGCCAAAUGUGUGUUCUGAGCAGGAGGUGAAACUGGUGACCCAGAUGCAGCCAUGUGUCCAGGCCUUCACACGGAUGGUUAAAGUUUGGAAGCAGGGAUGUCAAGGACAGUCUUGGUGUAUGGGCUACGAGAGGAGGACUGCAUACUACACUGCAUACAGACAAGCGUAUCGUCAGGAAUAUCAGACUCUUUUUAUGUGCUGUCCAGGAUGGUCACAGCUCAAUGGAGAAGCUGGAUGCUUGUAUCCUGUGUGCAGCUAUGGUGUGUGCUUUAAUGGAGGUCAUUGUAGAGAGGGUUCGGGCCAACUCUGUGACUGUCCGGCGGGCUUCAGUGGCCCAAACUGCCAGUAUGAUGUGAACGAAUGUGAGGAGACCAAUGGCGGCUGUGAAUCUCUGUGCUGUAACACCAUCGGCAGUUUCUACUGCAAGUGUCCUGCGGGUCAACAGCUCAAUGAAGAUGGCAAGAGCUGCCAGGAUAUUGACGAAUGCCAGGUGCAUAACGGCGGCUGCCAGCACAAGUGUGUGAACACCAGGGGGUCAUUUCACUGCCAGUGUAACGCUGGCUCUCGACUGCAUGUGGAUGGACGCACCUGCAUCACUGUUCACUCCUGCAGUGUUGGAAACGGCGGUUGUGAACAUGUUUGCGUCCAGCAGAGCGCAGGUCACUUCCAGUGUCGCUGUCGACCCGAUUACAGACUUGACGUGGAUGGAAAACACUGUAAAUUGGAGAACCCGUGUGCGGUGCGGAAUGGCGGUUGUUCUCAGGAGUGCAUCAGGGAUGGAGUUCAGACCCGCUGUGGAUGUCAUCCAGGUUAUCAGCUGGCCAAAGAUGGCAAGACCUGUGAAGACAUUGACGAGUGCCAGACAGGCCAGGCGUACUGCGCUCAUGAUUGUCAUAACAUGCGGGGAUCUUUCAUGUGUGUGUGUCACACUGCCUAUGAAUUGGGUGUUGACGGGAAGCAGUGCUAUCGUAUAGAGAUGGAGAUUGUGAACAGCUGUGAUCAUAAUAAUGGUGGUUGUUCCCAUCAAUGUGAGCAUUCAACCAAUGGACCCGUGUGCAGCUGUAACCAAGGAUACCAACUAGACGAUGACCACAAGACCUGCAUUGAUAUAAACGAGUGUAGAGAUGGCAGCUUGUGCUGUGUGCAGGAAUGUACAAACUAUCCUGGAGGAUACGAGUGUUACUGUACAGCCGGAUAUCGUCUGAAUACCGACGGGUGCAGCUGUGAUGAUAUAGAUGAGUGUUUGGCUUCAAAUGGAGGAUGUGAUCACAUUUGUCAAAACAGUGCUGGUUCCUUCCAAUGUUACUGUAGACGUGGAUAUCAUCUCGAUGAAGACCGACGUUCAUGUAUAUCUCUGGAGGAUGCAGUGGAGGCUCUGAGCAGCGGUCAGACAGUGGAACAACUACAACCACAGUUAACUAUCCUGCAGGAUUAUGAGCAAGUUCUGGAGAGAUAUGAUGACUAUGAGGAGGAUGCUGGGGAACUGAGAGCUGAGAACACACUAGCUGAGAAAUUCAUCUGUUUGAAUGAGUCGUUCGGCUUUGACUGCAGUCUGUCAUGUGAGGACUGUGGUAAUGGUGGAGUGUGCAACAUACACAGAAACGCAUGUGUCUGUCCUGAUGGAUGGACUGGAAUCAUCUGUAAUGAGACGUGUCCUGAUGGCUGGUUUGGCAGGAACUGUUCGUUCAUCUGUAAGUGUAGUAAUGGUGGUGUGUGUGAUCCGGUCACUGGCAGCUGCCGAUGUCCACCAGGAGUCAGUGGAGAUCUGUGUCAGAACGGUUGUCCUAAGGGUCUCUAUGGAAAGUUUUGUAAUAAGAAGUGUAAUUGUGCUAAUAAAGGACGUUGUCAUCGCACGUAUGGGGCGUGUCUGUGUGACCCAGGACUUUAUGGACGAUUCUGCCACCUGCCAUGUCCUAAGUGGAUGUUUGGACCGGGCUGCUCUGAAGAGUGUCAGUGUGUCCAGCAGAACAGUGUAGAGUGUGACCGUCGUCAUGGCGCCUGCAUCUGCAAACCAGGUUACCAGGGCGACACCUGCAAAGAAGAGUGUCAAUCAGGCUUUUACGGCUCUGGGUGUGACAUGAAGUGCUCUUGCCCAUCUGGAGUCACCUGUGAUCAUGUGACCGGGGCGUGUCAACCCCAUUGUCCACCUGGAAAACGAGGAGAGAAAUGUGAUCAAGAUUGUGUUGAUGGGAGAUUUGGGAUUGGCUGCUCUCAGUCAUGUGACUGCUCAGGGGCACCGUGUGACAAGAUCACUGGCCAUUGCUUGUGUCCCCUUGGAACAUUUGGACAAUGCUGUGAGAGAGAGUGUGCUGAUGGACGUUGGGGUUUUGAGUGUCGGGAAACAUGUCCAGCUUGUGAGAAUGGAGGACGUUGUGACAAACGUAAUGGCACGUGCAUCUGUCCGCCUGGAUACAUCGGCAGAUUCUGCCAAAACUUGUGUCCCAUGGGUCGGUUUGGUCAGGGUUGUCAGCUCAAAUGUUCAUGUGAUAACGGAGAUCGCUGUGAUGCUGUAAGCGGGCGAUGCUCAUGCCCAUCUGGCUGGAUGGGACACAACUGCAGGAAAGCCUGUGAUGUUGGCCACUGGGGUGUGGACUGUGCAAGUGUGUGUGUUUGUAAAAACACUGACCAGUGUGAUGCUCAGACGGGACGCUGUCACUGUGAGGCGGGAUUCACAGGACCACAAUGUGACCAGAAAUGUCCUGCUGGUUCUUUUGGACUGGGCUGUAAGCAUCGCUGUCAGUGUGACAAUCAGGCGUCAUGUGAUCAUGUGGGCGGAGCUUGUACCUGUAAGGUUGGCUGGACUGGAACCUUCUGUGAAAAGCCUUGUCCACAGGGAUUCUAUGGUCUGGAGUGUCAACAGAAGUGUGUGUGUAUGAACGGGGGUGUCUGUAACCACAUCAGUGGAGAAUGUUCCUGUCUGCCAGGGUGGAUUGGCACACAUUGUAACCAAACAUGUCCUGUUGGAUUGUAUGGAGAGCGCUGUUCUCAGGUCUGUGUUUGUCACAAUAACAGCAGCUGUAAUGCAGUGACCGGUCAGUGUGAAUGCACUGCAGGGUGGACAGGUGACUGCUGCUCACAGCAAUGUUCCUCAGGAUUCUUCGGGGUGGGCUGUGCUCAGAGGUGUCUGUGCCAGAAUGGCGGUGUGUGUGACCCUGUGAAUGGCCGAUGCUUUUGCCCCAGCGGCUGGACGGGUGCUGCCUGUGAACUGGAAUGUCCAGCGGGUCGGUUCGGGUCAGAUUGUCAGGACAUGUGCGAAUGUGAGAAUGGAGGUCAGUGUGACAGACAGACGGGUCAGUGUGUUUGUCAGCCGGGCUGGACCGGAGAACACUGUGAGAAUGUGUGUGUAUCAGGACGGUUUGGAUCAGGCUGUGAGGGUCAGUGUGAGUGUGAGCACAGCGCCCCUUGUCAUCAUGUGAGCGGAGUGUGUUUAUGUCCUGCAGGAUGGAGAGGAAGGCGCUGUGAGAAAGCUUGUCUGCCGGGCUCAUACGGUCAAAAUUGUCUGCAGCUCUGUUCCUGCCCGCAGGGCACGUCAUGUCAUCAUAUCACAGGAGACUGCGGCUGUCCACCUGGAUACACCGGUAACGGAUGUGAACAGAUCUGUCUGUCCGGUACGUUUGGCAUCAACUGUAAUCAUGUGUGCCAGUGUUCAGAGAGAAACCAGUUGUGCCACCCAGUGACUGGAGUGUGUUACUGUGCGCCAGGAUUCACAGGACCUAAUUGUGAACAGGAGUGUGAUGAGGGUUUGUAUGGACCGGACUGUGUGCUUCAGUGUCAGUGUUUGAACGGUGGAGUUUGUCUUCCUGCCUCGGGCACCUGUGAAUGUUCACCCGGCUUCAUCGGUCCCCGCUGCAAUCUCACAUGUCCAACUGGACGCUAUGGGCAGGACUGUGCCCAUGUGGCAGCCUGCGGAAAGGAUGCAAGAAAUGAUCCGGUCACAGGCAGAUGUGUUUGUGCGCCAGGACACCGCGGAGACAACUGUGAUCAGGGUUGUGCAGCAGGCUGGUUUGGACCGGAUUGCUCUCAGCGUUGUGACUGCAGUAAUGGAGGUCUGUGUGACGCGGUCUCAGGAAACUGCUCAUGCGGUCUCGGGUGGACUGGACAGUAUUGUGAGAAAGAAUGUCCUCAGGGCAGGUAUGGUCCUGAUUGUACACUGGAGUGUUUGUGUCAGAGCAACAGCACUUGUGACCAAAAAACAGGAAUCUGCCAGUGUAAACCAGGUCAUUAUGGACAGCGUUGUGAACAUGUGUGUCCCGCUGGUCUGUAUGGGCUGCAGUGUCAGCGGCAGUGUGAUUGUGUAAACAGUGCAUCAUGUCACUUGAGUUCAGGCCAGUGUCUCUGUACCGCGGGAUUUCACGGAACUCGCUGUGAAAGACACUGUGAGCAGGGCACAUUCGGUCAGAAUUGCUCCCAGUCGUGUGACUGUGCAGAGGGCACACCAUGUGACCCGGUGAGCGGCAGGUGUAUCUGCACAUCAGGAAAGACUGGAGUCAGGUGUGACAGCGAUUGCAGUAUGAACCGGUACGGUCCUGACUGUGCUCUGAAGUGCGAAUGUGAGAAUGGAGCUCAGUGUGACAGUAGAAAUGGACGCUGCACAUGUCUAAACGGCUGGAUUGGUCUCACAUGUUCAGAACGUGGAUCUCCACUGCUUGACCACAGACUUUUAGGAAAGGAUCUGUCACAAUAUAACAACUCAUAGCACCCACAACCAUGAGUCCUAAUCAAGACAUGAAGCUAAAUAAAACCACGAUUUGUUUAAAUGUUCUUUUGGACCAAUAGGAACAUCUUUAGCAUUUGAUGGACGUGAAACUGACAGACACAACAGUCAAAUGCAUAGUUUUGGAGACUGUGAUGGCUGUGACUCAACAGAGCACUUUCUGAAGUGCUGAGACUGGUAAACUGGUGUGCUGUAUGAAAACGACAGGAAUCAUAUUGGAAAAGGAAGCUAUGAGCAUCAAAUGUAUUUCAACAGCUGCGCUGUACUUACUCUCACUGGACACCAUUGCAGCAAAUGCUCGCCCAGUGCAACGUCUUCUGUUGGCCAUAGUAAUACUUGAUUGUUUAUUGUUAAAUGUUCUUUUCAGGGUAUUUUCAUAAUGCCUGUGUUGCAAGUAUUGUGUUAAAAGGGCUGGAUCCCCAGCCAUUUGAUGCAGACUAUUGGAGUAAACAAGAGAAGUACCUUUUGGUUUUAAUAACUGUGUAAAUGUUUUUGUUUGUGGUGCAACAAUUAAGUUUUCCAGGAUUUUACAGAACAGUUCUAAAUGGGUUAGUUCACUCAAAAAAGCCUUCGUUCUAAUUACAGAAAUACUCAAACCAGCCCAUCUGGCACCAACAAUCAUCCAUGUGAUUAUCUAAUCAGCCAAUUGUGUGGCAGCAGUGCAUAAAAUCAUGCAGAUACGUGUCAGGAGCUUCAGCUAGUGUUCACAUCAACCAUCAGAAUGAUGAAAAAAAUGUGAUCUCAGUGAUUUGGAGCGUGACAUGAUUGUUGGUGCCAGAUGGGCUGGUUUGUGUAUUUCUGUAACUGCUGAUCUCCUGGGAUUUUCACACACAACAGUCUCUAGAAUUUACUCUGAAUUGUGCCAAAAACAAAAAACAUCCAGUGAGCAGCAGUUCUGUGGAUGUAAACACCUUGUUGAUGAGAGAGGUCAACAGAGAAUGACCAGACUGGUUCAAACUGACAAAGUCUACGGUAACUCAGAUAACCGAUCAGUACAAUUGUGGUGAGAAGAAUAUAAUCUCAGAAUGCUAUUCUGAGAUGCGGGUUGGCGCUGUUUUGGCAGCACGAGGGGGACCUACACAAUAUUAGGCAGGUGGUUUUAAUGUUGUGGCUGAUCGGUGUAUGUAAAACCAGAAAACAUCGGGAACUACUUUUUGGUAUGUGUGUUUAUUUUUAUUCAUACUGCAGUUUUCCCGGCCUAUUAUCAUUUUUAUCUGUUCUGUUUAGCCUUUUUUGACUUGUGAUUUGUAUAAAGUUUGGAUUAUUUAUAUUUUGUAGAAUACAUUUUUUUAAAUGUUACAACUCAUUAAAUGGAUGAAAUGCUUAAUGUAUUUAUAAACACGUGGCUAUUUUUGGAAUGGAAUACUAGCCUACUACACAGUAUAUACUGUGUUCAGUAAAACAGAAUGCAACGAUCAGUGUUGGGUGUAAUGUGAUUAAAAAGUAGUUACUGCAAUCUAAAUACGUUUUUAGUCAAAAAGUAGUGUAAUAUUACACUUAAUUGAAAGUCAGUAACUGUAAUCUGAUUACAAAAAUUAAGUGAAUUGUUUUUAAGUACAUCAGACUGGGGUUACACAUAUUUAAAACAUGAAUUAUGUUCAUAUAAACGUCUGUUUGCAUUUCUGUGAAAGUUGGAGCAACUAACAAUUAAUUUAAUGGGAGAAAUGUGUGAUGUGUAUGACAACAAACAUGAAGGAAAUAUCGACAUUUUAAAUUCCUUGAGCUGAGAAACAAACUUUUCUGUUAAAAGCAUUUAAGAAAGUACAGCUACUUAAAAGUUCAGCAGUUAGUAAUGUGAUUACUUUUCCCACUAAGUUAUGAGUAUGUGAUCAGACUACAACUUUAGAAACGUAAUUAAGUAGUGGAUUACUAUUUUUGAGUAACUGGCAACGAUAAAAGUGAAACUAUGGUGUCCAGUUAUCAUCUCGCAAUAGAUCGAUAUUUAGCAUAGUUAAAUCCAAUUUUAUGUAAAAAUAUGUUAACACUUGACCAUCCAAUCAAAU